UAAUCUUUGUCAAGCAAGUGACAUCGUGGAGGCCAUGGACGUCAAGUACCCCAGCGGCUCUGUCAAGAAGGUGAGGCAGGCAGUUGUGGCGCCGGCGGUGCAAGAGGCGAAGUACAACGAGUGCGGCAGGAACCACGCACUGGCUAGCGGUGGGCAUGUCGUGGACGGCUGUGGGGAGUGGAUGCCCUUGGGGGACCUCAACCCCGCCGACGCGUCGUCGUACAAGUGCGCAGCCUGCGGCUGCCACCGCAGCUUCCACCGCAAGGUGAUGACGGAGAGGUCGCCGCUGUUGGCGCCCAUGGUGGAGACAGUGCUCCAUGGCCUGCCGCAGCGCAGGAAGGAGGAGACGUCGGAGGACUGGCUCCCGGGUGUCGACUCUAACACCAACUCAGAUGGCAUGAAGUACGACUCAGAUGCCACAGAGUACGACUCAGAAGGCACGGAGUACGAUGACGAGUGCUCCGUGCCCCAACCACUGCAACCUCCACCUGUGUACCAUCCAGCACAGGUGACGCAACAGCUCUCUUCUGGGCAACAUAACUUCCUGCCGAGGGCACUGCAGAUCCAGAGGCUUGCCGCCUAGCUCUCACCGGCGACGGCGCCACCGCCUCAUGGGGUUAUGUUGGAGAGGAAGCGGUCCCGCACCACGUUCACCAUCGACCAGAAGCUGCGGAUGGAGGAGCUGUCGGAGCACCUGGGGUGGCGCCUGCAGAAGCGCGACAAGGACUUCAUCGAAGCAAGAUGCCACGACAUAGGCGUCAGCAAGAAAGUCUUCAGGAACUGGAUGAACAACAAGAAGCGUAAGUACCCCAGCGGCCACAACCCCUCCACUGCAGCAUCAUCUGUUGUCGAACCAUCCCGUCUCCAUCUUCCCCCACCACCAUCACACCACCAGUGUUAGAAUAAAUCUUGUAUGUGUCUAGUUUUCUCUGCCAUGGCAACAUUCGGCUGUCAUGGAAGCUUUUAUUUGUUCUGCUACCAUGGAAGCAUUUAUCAUUUCUGCUACCAUGGGAUGUUUUUCGGCUGCCAUGAAAAGCAUUUCUUAUGUUAGCGUUUUUUGCUGGUAGGCUCAACUACUUUGAGCGAUUUUCGUGGCACGGUCGAUCCAUCUGUGGGAUGUCACAAAUUUGUCGGGGUCAUGGGCAUUGCACGUUUUCCUUGUACCAGAAUAAAAGAA